AUGAUAAAAAUACGACUGGAAGACUUGAGGCUUCUUGAAGAAACUUCGCAAGACCCUGAAGUACGUCCAGGAUUGUUCCAAGGAGACAUAGCGAUGUCUAAUGAGAGACAUUUAUAUUUUCAGUACUUCAGUUAUUGGCGAGUUGGACUUCGAUGGGACGUUUUUCCGGAAAAACUUUGGGCGAACAAAACCAUUCCUUACGUUAUCAGUCCUCUUUAUGACACGGCCGAUUACGUUACAAUAUACAAAGCGAUUACUUACUUAAAUUACAUGACCUGUAUUAAAUUCGUUCCAUGGAAUGGCAUAGUUAAGGACUUUUUGUUAAUAUGGCCAAUUUCACACCCUGCAGGAUGUUGGUCCUUUGUUGGAAAAUUCGGAGGCGUGCAGAUAUUGUCAUUGCAGCCUCCUGAUAAGAAUGGACCGAAUUGUUUGGGCACAGAAGGAAAAGCAAUCCACGAAUUAAUGCACGCUUUAGGAAUCUUCCACGAGCAAAGCCGAGCAGAUCGCGACGAUUUCGUCCAAAUCCAUCUGGAGAAUGUUAUUCCCCAAUUUCGCACCAAUUUUGACAAGCAGUCGCGAGAGAACACGACUUACAGCUAUGAGUACGACUACAAUAGCAUUAUGCAUUACGGGCAGUUUUAUUUUAGUACAAAACCUGGAAAACCAACAAUAACGCCAAUUAUGAAGGGCGCUAGAUUAGGCCAACGAGAAGCCAUGACUAAAAGAGAUUGUCUUAAAGUUAACGAACUGUAUGGAUGUUUUCGAAAACCUGCCCAAGCUCGGAGAUACCAAAACAUCUGCAGAUUAUUAGGCAUUUAGCUAUACAAUUAACAAUUUGCACUUGUAUCAUUCUACACCAUGCUUAGGAUAUUGACAGUAAUUGUCGUUACCCACCAAACACUGUCACAUUUAAAUAAAAAAAAACAUUUUAAAUGAAAA